AUGGAUUCUUAUUUUACAAAUUGGACAAAUCGAAAUGAUAAUCAUUCAUGGAUUGACCAAGCAUUUUCACCAUAUGAUCUUAUUGAACAAAAUCCUGGAAAAGAUCUUUCAAAUAAAGUAUUAGAUACAGCCUUAUAUGGUCAAGAUCAUGAAUUAAAUGAUGAUGAAGCUGAUUAUAUGUUUAGAGAAUUAAAAACAUUUUCAAUUGUUCAACUUGUUAACAAAAUACGUGAUAUACAUAAUAUGACAUAUGAAUUAGGAGUUAAUGAAGGACUUGAAAUGACACGAGCGAAAUUACUUAAUAUUUUUGAUAUUUCAUAA